AUGACGGCAAACGAAUCCGACUGUGCAAGAAUUAGGGGUUGGGGAGGCCAAACAGCCCCCAACCCGCACUCCUCUUCCUCGUCGCGCGGGAGGGAAAUUUCCCCUCCCAACCUCCCACCUCCGUGCCACCGCCCGCCUCCCCUUGACCCCUGCCGCCGCCGCGAGCUCCCCCGCCCCCGGAUCCACGCCUCCCCGCCACCCGCCGCCCACCGCCCGCCUCUCGCACCUCCCCGAGCCGCGCCGCCGCCCGCCUCCCCGCCUCCGCGCCGCCGCUCGCCUCUCGCACCUCCCCCGCCGCCCCGCCUCCCCGAGCCGCCCGCGUCGCCCCCGCCUCCCCCUACCGCCCCGCCUCCCCGCGCCGCCCCGCCUCCCCGAGCCGCCCCGCGUCGCCCCCGCCUCCCGAGCCUGCGGUGGAGAUGCCGCCGCGCCCUGCCGCGCUCGUCCACCGGCUACCACGGCGUGCGGCUCCGCCUCUCCGGCCGGUUCACCGCCGAGAUCCAGCGCGGCAGCGAGCGGUUUUGGCUCAGGACGUUCGACUCGGCCGAACUCGCCGCCCGCGCGUACGACGUCAUGAUGUGGCGCUACGACGGCGGCGCCGGGCCGCAGAACUUCUUCGACAUCGACAACCUCGCGCUGAGGAGCGCGCUGUCCGCCGAGAAUACAUGCGGAUUUGACGAUAGCUCCGACGACGAUGAUCCCGAUAUGAUCGAUAAGCUGAUCGCGGAGAUGGAGGCGGAGGAUGCCGCGGAGGAAGCCGCCAAGAAGGCCGCGGAGGAUCCCGAUUGGUACGACAAGAUGGUCGCGGAGAUGGAGGCCGAGGAUGCCGCGGAGGAAGCCGCCAAGAAGGCCGCGGAGGAUGGCGACAGCUCCGAUUUCGAUGAGGACUUCUGGGAUAAACCCUAG